AUGGAAAGGCCAUCAUCCAUUGUGAUGUUUAGGCCUCAUAGAUCCGGUAUUCUUUGCGAAGUCCUGUCUGGCAGUGGUGCUGCCCCUGCUCGCUCAUCGAGGAGCCAGCAGGGGCCCUUCUCAAUAUCAAGAUCUUGCAUUGCGAGCUCCAGCUCCCCAAAACCCCGAUUCAUUCAGAACUUGGUGGUGGAGAUAUAUGGCAAGUGUGGCAGCACCCAAGAUGCGUCCUUGGUCUUCGAGAGCAUGCGAGAAAGAAAUGUGGUGUCUUGGAAUGCCAUGGUUUCUGCCAUGGCCAAGAACAAGCAGCAUGCCCAAGCCAUCGAAGUCUUCCGGAGAAUGCUGCUCGGCCAUGCUGUGUGGAUUUGCCGAGAGAGGACUCGGGAGAGAAGCUCUCCCCUUUUGAGAGAGAUGGAUCUGGAGGGUAUAAAGCCUGACUCGGUGACUUUCAUUGGAGCGGUGGAUGCUUGCGCUAGCCUUCCGUGCCUUACACGAGGAAGAAACAUCCACCAAAGAAUCGAGAGAAUCUAUGGGUCUCAACUCGACACAAACCUUGGUAACGCACUUGUAAACAUGUAUGGAAAGUGUGGCAACUUGGUUCUAGCAAGAGAAACGUUCCAGUCGGUGAAAAAAGAUCUUGUCCCUUGGAAUGCCAUGAUCGCCCAUAACGGGCAUGGCAGUGAAACCGUGGAGCUCUUGCUAGAGUUGAGCUUGGAAGGGAUAGAACCCGACCACGUAACUUCGUUGCGAGUGAUUUUUGGUUGUGGCAAUGCUGGGCUCUUGGAAGAUGGGCUCGAGUACCUGACGAGGAUGUGUGAUGACUAUGGAUUGAUCCCACAAAUGAAUCACUAUGGCUGCAUGGUUGAUCUACUUGGAAAGGCUGGGUGGCUUUCUCUCCUGGACUGA